AUGGAUGAUUUGAUUUUGAAAAAAAGAAUAUCGCCUGUAAACAAUAUCAAACUUUCUGAGGAAAGACUUCGUGUGAAUUUCCCAAAGGAUUUUAUUGAGUUUGUCAAUAAUUAUGAUGUUGAUAACUUCUCUUUGGGGAAUAUAUCUUUCGGCCAUGGUGGUGAUUAUUUGGAGAAAAUAGUCAGUAUUAACAAUGAUCAGUUUAGCCAUUGGUGGAUUGGCGAGCAUAGACCGGAUGGUGUGUUAUGUGUUGCAAUAUCAGACCCUUAUACUAUUUUACUUAAUACUCAUGAUGGCAAAGCUUAUGCUAUUACAAGUGAGCAAACUAUGGAUGGAUGGGAAUCGAUAGCUGAUAGUUUUGAGCUAUUUAUCAGAGGUGUUGGUUCGCAUGUUUUAAAAACAUGUCCUUUAUCGGAAAUUAUCAAGUUAACAGGGGCGAGGGAUACUUCAUUUUGGAAUGAUAUCUGA